AGAAUCACUCGAAAGUCAGACAGUAACCAGACAGUCGUAAGAUAAUAUCUUCAAAAUUUAAAAAGAGUAACCAAAAAAAAUACUUAACAAAAUUAAAAUGAACACUGAAACUUAUGGAACCCACUUGGGCAAAACUAAGAGUUCAGAACCGUCGAUAGGACCUAUUGAUUCCGGUCAUAAUUUUGCUGAGCAGGAAGCUUUGAUCCUAAAACCCAAGGCUCUAGAGCCGCUGCCCUCUUGGUUGGCGUGGUGCGAUCGAAACUCAAAGCCUGUGAAGCGCGUUCAGCCUCGGGCGAUUCGAAUCUUGACCCCUUGGCAGAAAAACGGUCCGAUGACCAUAAGAGAUUGGAAGCAUUUCGGCGCCUGGGCUAGUUUCCGGGCCAGACCCAAAAAUCCAAAGCUGAUGAGACCUGCAAAACCUUUCUGUGCGGCCAAAUACUUGCCUUGUGCCCUAAGGAAGCGCCAGCUGGACGAGGAAGAGUUGCGGGAAAGGAUGUUACUGUUGGCCAAGCCCCGGAAGAUCACCGAGAAGUAUAAUACGCCAGACCAACCUCCAGCGUACUCCCCGGCGAUCCCUUGGGGCAAGCCACCGCAUCGCGAUCCCGGUCGACCCUUCCAACCUCCCUACGUUCCCGACUGUUUUCCAACCGACGAACUGGAGGCGGACUUCUGGGCCCAGCUCAGAUUUCCUGUCCGGCAGGCAGCCCUCUUGGGAAAGACUACGCCCCGCAUCCAGUCCCUGGCCAAGCCACGGGCAUAUCCACCAACUCCGCACUGCCCCGUUCCUGAAAAGGUGCUGCAUCCGCUGGAUGUUCCGCCUCCACCACGAAGGAAGUUCUCAAACAGGGGCUGGCGAAUGCACCAGAUCCGACUGUUAUAUCUGUCUAAGCCGGUUUUCAGAAAUGAAAUGAGUUUCUUCUAUAGUCAGAUGUAACCACCUGCUUCCAAACUGCUCUUUAUAUUUGUCCAACCCAAAACGAAUUUAUACAAGUUUUUGACCCAUA